UCAAUAUGUAUAUCAUUUCAAAAGCUGUUAAACAAUUUCAGUAACAAAAUUUUUAAUUAUUUUAAAAAUAAAUAUCAAAAUUAUAAGUUUAAAAAUUCAAAUUUAUUAAACAAAAUUUUGUGUACAAGAAAAAAUUAUUUAACAGCGCAGUUAAACACUAUAAACCAUGGCUAAACGUGUUCGCAGUCAUUCUCGCAGAGGCAGAGCAAAUCGAUGUAUGAGACCUGGGCCUGUAACUAACAAUGGUUACUUAAAUUUCCUACGAAAAUAUCGGAAAUCGUGCUGUGGCAUGACGCCACAAGAAACUAUUGUACAAGGGGCCAAACAGUGGAACAAGUUGCCGGAAAAGGAGAAAGAAAAAUAUAGUCGAAUGAGCAAACCUCGACGUCGUCGGAGUCGGAGUCGUUCUCAAAGCUCAAAGCGUUGCAUGAGACCCGGCCCAAUAACCAAUAAUGGUUAUUUAAAUUUUUUGCGUGACUAUCGCAAACAAUGCUGCGGCAUGUCACCUACGGAAACCAUAAGACGUGGCGCUCUAAGAUGGAUGAAACUUUCAGAAAAGGAAAAAGAAAAGUACAAUCGUUUGGCCCAAAGAGGUCGUAGACGUGUGUGUUAGGCUUUAUUUGCAAUGCUUCUGUAUUGAAAGGUGUAACGAUUUAGUGAUGUUUUAAAAAAAAAAUGUAUACAAUUUUAAUAAUUAAAGUUUUCUUUUCCAAAAACAUAA